CAGAGGGAUAUUGAUGGAACAGAAAUGCACUCUGCAACACUUCACCCAUUCUCAUAUCUUAUAUAGGGAGGUUACAAAUCAUUACGGAAACCUAACGAAAGAAGGAAAUCCCAGUGAUGAGUUCAUGUGUGAUGCCUGCUACACUCUAGGUUCUGGUGCUAGAUUCCAUUGCAAGCAGUGCAGUUUCGAUCUCCACGAGGAAUGCGCAAGCUGUCCCGAGUACCUCAAUACAUACAUACACCCAAACCACCAACUGGAACUAAGGUGGGAGGGAUCAAGCAAGAAAGAUUAUGGUAAAUUACGUCCUUGCGAUAUCUGUGGCGAUCAGGUCAAAGGUCUCUUCUACACAUGCUCGUCCGGCGCUGAGAAACGAUAUGACGAUGGUCGACACUUCUUCUUCAUCCAUCCUCUGUGCUCCAAAUUUCCACCCCGAGUGCCUCAUGGAAUCGACAAAAAUCACCCUCUCCGGUUUCAGUUAGUCCCGGUUAUUCCAGACUCUUUUUGUGCAAUUUGUGGAGACGUAGUUUUUUCCUGUUCGUGGAGUUACAGAUGUGAUCCAUGUGGUGUCAAUAUACAUCUUGAGUGUGUUGCUCUUCCAUUCGAUGAUCAUCGUCACUCUGGAACUACUUACUCGUCUCGAUCACUAAAAGAUCCACAAGCACAGAUGCACCAGCAAAAGGGACCUAUUGAUCCUCCAUAUGGAGGUUACACAGGGGCGAUACCAGUCACAGCACCACCGUACAAUAACUACUAUCCACCGACUCCACCUUCUUAUAACUAUUAUCCACCACCUAAUGAUACUUACUAUUAUCAACAGCCACCACAGCUCUACGGGCACCCACCAACGCCGCCACCACCGUAUUACAACCAUCAUCAACCGCAUGCUCCUCCUAAGACGGAAGCUACUUCUAGCUCUGGGGAUACUGCUCCUCCUAAAAAGGAAACUACUUCUAGUACUCACGGCAGUAAAAAGAAGAGGUCAGCUAAAGUCAUAGGAAGAAUUGCAGUUAGCUUGCUACUCAGUUCAGUUCUCGGUGUCGUUGUGCCCAUGGGAACCACAGGAUGAACUUUCUUUGCAAUAUUGCAUUCAAUCCUGUAAUUAGUAGUAAUUCUUUUCUUUUGUUUUCCGGCCAUCUGUUGUGUUAUUGUUCUGUAUCUUGUGUGCCGCAUCAGAAUGCAAAAAAAAAAAAAAAAAAAAAAA